GACCGAAUGUGAAUCGCCAGCCUGGUUAGCUGAGUUGUAGCAAAGUACAAAAUGGCCACAACACUCCGGCGAUGGCUGUGUCGUUCGUCGUUCGUUGCUCGUUGUGUGUCGUACGUGCGCUCGCUCGCUCUUCACUUUAAUUAAUAUUUAACAAUAUAUUUUAAUUAAUUGAACAAGAGACUCCAAAUCAAAUAAAACAAAACAAAAAUUAAGAAAGUGUUAAAAACACGUUCAUUUUAAAACGUCAACCGUUAUUAAAACAACAAGAACAACACAGCAAAUGCAUAAUCGGAGUUACAAAAAUACUUUUAUGUAAAUACAUUUCGCUUUCAUUUUUUUUACAAUUUUAUGCGAUUCCAACGGGAAUACGAUUUUCAGAUUUUCACCAAAGCAAAGACACUGCACCAAAUCACGGAGAAAUAGGACGGUUGAACCGUUUUUCCUAAUUACGUAUAAAAUAUAUGAAUACAUAUAUGUAUACUUAUAUGACUAAUCAAAGUGAGAUUUAGUUCCACAUUUUUUAUAUAUUAAUAAUUACAACACAAAUAUAUAACUUUUCGCUAUUUUGCACUAAACUUUGGUAUUGUGAGCCUUUAAAUUUGUAGAAAUCGUAAUUAGGAACUUGUAAAACAAAAUAUAAGGCACAGUACAAGUCACAAAAAAUUGAUGAAAAUUCACGGAAGACGGCGACGACAAGAAAUUUUCUACUCGUAAGACGGAAGGUCUACGCAGUGAAACGACGACGGUUUCUCGUGCUCGUCGCUGAGCCAAAAAUCAACUGUUCCUCAAGUCGCGUUCGAAUUGUUCGCUCCGCGAGACGCGGCGCGGCGACGAACUGCGCUCAGUGUCAAGCGGUAACCGCAUCAACGGCGUGCAAAAGUCACGGCAACAAAUCAAAAUCGAAAGAUUCAAUAGCGCGACACUGCAAACGAGACUAGAUCUACGAGUUGCAGAGAGUCAAAAAUUCCUCUCCGAAACGAAAUUGAAAUAGUGCGCCGCGAGAGAAAAUGAAAUGUGCGCGUGUAUGAGUUUAUGUGCGGAAAGUUAAUACUUUGUAAAAGAAGAAGCACCACGUUCGUUGUUGACGCUGACACAGCGACGUCGGGUUAACUAAUAUUUUAUUAUCACUACAUAUAAAUCGCUAUUGUUUAAAAAAAAGUACGGUUAUUUGUUAUCGUUUAGUAAGGUGUUGUUUGAAAAUAUUUAUUAUGGAUUUUCCAUGGAACUGGGAAAUGUAACAAUAUAAAAAGAAAAAUAGCAAAAAGGUGUGUAUCGUUGGAGUCUGGAAUAUAAUUCAUCGAAUAGUCCCACACCCAACGUUUCAUUGUGGCAGCGCAACAACCACAGGGAAAGCUGAAAGCGAUGACCAAGCGAAUACAUGCAACCUUACCAAUAAUUUGUUAAAUAAAAGAUUUAAAAAGAGACUGCAAACAGGAACAACAAAUAUAGAAAAUACUAACAUUUGAGACAUCAACAACAAAAGGAGAAAGAAAGGAAGACUUAAUUUUUCUAAUAUUUGGAACAAAUUACACUGAACUGUAAGAUUUACUUCGAAAACAAAAUAAAAGAAAAAUCGCAGGAAACGCCACAACAUUUUCGUUGCACACACUUGAGCAAGUGGCGAGUAAACAAAGCAAACAUUAAAAACUUCAUAGCAAACUUUUUUUGAUUUCGCAUAGAAUAACGACAUAAUAAAGUUUCGAAAACUGUUACAGACAUAUUAAAAUAACACUGACAUAUGUACAUAAAUAAAUUGAUAAGACCAGCAAGCUGAAAUUCAGCCUUCAAGCAUAUCAAUCCAACAAGCGCUGUAUACUGUACAUAAUUUGACUUGAGCAAAAGGAAUCAUUAAAGUGACCUAGUCUAGCCUCUACGUGUUGAAACAAUAAUCAUAGAUAAACAGAAAAUACACUUACACCAGAAAAGGGAAAGAAACGAAAAACCUAUUUACUAGUUUGACUGGGCAAAUGUAUAUCACUAACAGCAGCAACAUUGGUAUGGCCACGUUGCUGCAACAGAACAAGGCUACUUGUAUGAAGACCCUUAUCAAUGGCGGCGGCAACGGCAGCAGCAAUGGCAAUAACGGAAACAGCGUCGGCAAUUCUGGAAUAGUUGUUGGUAGUAUUGUAAGUGGUGUUGGUGCGGGAACAUCACAAGUGGGAGGCGCAACGGUUGCAACCGUUGUCGGAGCCGGUGGUGCUGCAAAUAUUGCCGGUCUUGGCAGUGGUGGUGUGGGUGGUAAUUUAGUCCUGUCCACUGGGCAGGCUAUUGUUCUGACAAAUGGAGCAACCGGUGCUAGUAGUAUAAUCAACUAUCAACAAUAUCAACAGUUACUGCAGCAACAGCAACAGCAGCAACAACAUAUAAACUCCACCGUUGCUACCACAACUGCCGCAUCCGGUACACGAGUAUUAAUGCCUCACGAAAUGGUGACGCUUCCUAUUAGUAGUAUUGUAACAACUAGUGGUGGCGGCUUAGCCCUGAUAACCAGUGCAAAUACGGGUGGAGGAAGUGCCACGGCCACACAAGGACACUUCUUGGUUGCGGCAACAGCAAGUCCUACGGUGCAACCCAUUCAAACAACUACGAUGGGUUCCACAAACGCUAAUAUCAGCAGUUUUCAGCAGCAAUUUCAACAGCAAAUCGCCGCACAGCAUUCAGCUGCAAAUAAUGUGACAUCCUCUGCUUCGACUAACCGUACAACUACUGUUUACACUCAGCAACCAGCAACUACAGGCGUAGUACAAACAGUGCCUACGACACGUUACUUUUCGCAAUUUAGCAAUCAACAACAACCAACUUCUAGUAUUACGGCUGGAGCUGCAACGCCAACAAUUGUGGCCGCCAAAGCUACGGGCAAUCGUACCAUCAUUAUUAAUCGCUCCAAUAAUACUAUAAUUGCUGGUAACACUACACAACGUUUGCAACAUGCUAAAAUCUUAAAUAAACCACCGACAAAUAUUGCAGCGACGCCAACAACUCUCAUCACGAAUGCUGUGCUCGCCAAUAAGUCACAAAUUAAUCAUAAUUCUCAUUCUCCUGCCAUCCAAGCUGUGAAGUUGCAACAACAACCGCAACGACAAAAUAUUACGGCCUUACAACAAAUUAAACAACAACAAUUGCUGCAACAACAAAAAAUCCAACUAGUAAAGCCAAUCGUACACAGUAGCAGUUCGGUGACAACAAUUGCUACAAAAACAACAACAGUAGCCAAUACGGCUGCAUCCUCGCGCAACACACCGAGUGGGACAAUGGUGAAUGGUGGCAUAAAUGUAGUUCCUAACAGCAGCAACAAUAGUAAUAAGAGUGGAAAUGUGGCAAGUGCCACAACCCCAGUAUUGGUUGCUAAAGCGUUACCCACGGCGGCUGUAUUUCCACAGCAACAACAACUUCAGCAGCAGCAGCAGCAGCAACAACAACAGUUGCAGUUACAAAAUCAUCAACAACAACAGCAGCAGCAGCAGCAACUUAAGCAUCAAAACCAAAACCAAAGUCAACAACUUCAAUCUCAGCAACUUGGACAAGCGCAAGAGCAUAAACAAAUAGUUGCACACUCACGCACCAUACCCGCCACACCUCACAACUCCACACCUGUUGCAACUAACAAAAGCGUGAAUUCCGUUGCUGCAGCCACCCCAGAAGGUACUGCUGGAGCAGAAGCCGCAAAUGCCGAACCCGAGGUGGAGCCAGAGAUCGACAUCGUUAUUAAUAAUGUUGUCUGUUCAUUCAGUGUACGUUGCCAUUUAAAUUUGCGCGAUAUCGCACUCAAGGGCUUCAAUGUGGAGUAUCGUCGUGAAAACGGCAUGGUGACUAUGAAACUACGCCGACCUUAUACGACUGCGUCAAUCUGGUCAUCUGGCCGUAUUACAUGUACGGGUGCCACAUCCGAGGAACAGGCCAAAAUUGCGGCACGUCGUUAUUCACGCUGUCUUGAGAAGCUCGGAUUCCGUGUGCGUUUUCAAAAUUUCCGCGUGGUAAAUGUGCUCGGCACAUGCAGCAUGCCAUGGGCUAUUAAGAUUUUAAAUUUCUCGGAAAGAUACAAGAAAGAAGCCAGUUACGAGCCUGAGUUGCAUCCCGGUGUCACAUAUAAGCUGCGUUAUCCCAAGGCCACUUUGAAAAUAUUCUCCACCGGCAGUAUAACUGUGACUGCUGCCAGUGUUGCUAAUGUACAGGCUGCCAUAGAACAUAUAUUCCCGCUGGUCUAUGAGUUUCGUAAGAAACGUUCACCCGAGGAGCUGGAACAGUUACGCAUUAAACAGGCCCGGGCCGCAUCAGUAGAUGUAACGGAACUCGAGGAGGUGCUAAACAAUGACGUUGUCGUCGAAACGGACACAACCGCUGUGCCCACAUUGCAACGCCGACGUGCAAGCAAUAGCACGCUCAAUAAUUUUAAACAAAAGCGCCGAAGAAUCGGCAGUGAUAUUGACUUUGAUGGUGACGAUGGUUCGCUGGUAGCAGCUGAAGAAAUCGACGAUCCCACAGCAAAGGAAGCAGACGAUAAUAUUGUGAUGUACGAUCCGGAUGAUUUAAUUGAAGGACCCGACGAUGAAGAUGAUCUUUAAAUAUCAAAUGUGAUUUGUGGCGAUUUGAGCACAGCAGCACAUUCAUGCAUGUUUGAUUACGUAUUAUGGUUUCACAACAAAUUUCUAUACAAAUACAGAUAUACAUAAAUAAAACAAAGAGAACAAAACGGAGUUUAUUACAAAUUGCCAAUAUGUAAUGCAAAGCGAAUUUUAAGCAUUAAACAAAAACAGCAAUGUUAUAUAGAACAUAUAUAGUAUAUAGAAAAGGAAUGACAGGAAAGCAAUCUAAUUGAUUUAAUGAUGACAACACACUCAAACUACAAAAAUAUUACAAAAAUAAAUAUUUCAACACAUCAGAAACCAAAACAAAUCAACUUAGUUCUAAUCAAACAAAUGAAGUUUGGCGUUAAACAAAAAAUGAAAACAUAAUUUCUUUAUUUUUUGUGCACGCACAACUAUUUACAUAUACACGUACAUGUAUGUAUGUGUGCGUAUAUUUUAAGAAGCCAACACCAUCAUGUAUACAUGGAUAUUAGUAAAUUUGUGCACUCCAAAUGUCGGUGCUGAGGUUUCGAGUUCAAUACGCUAAUGUCAACAAUUAUGCAAUGCAAAUGUUGGGAGAAGUGUGCGAACUGCGAUCUACUAUGGGAAUUGUGAGCCAAAUAACUACAACUAUUUAUAAGGUAUUUUUUAACUUCCAGUGUGCUUUGCUUAGUUGCGUCGUCGUUGUUUGCAGCACUGAUAACUUGCAACAGUUGAAGGCAGAAGGCAGCGAACGGAGCAACAUUUAAAUUAAAUGCUUGGCUCGUGCGAAUUCCGCGAACACAACUAAACCACACGAAAAACCAAUAUUUGUUAAUUUACAAACAUAUUUGUAGCGUUUUACUAUGUAUGCAUACUAAUUUCAUUCGUACUCGUACGCCAACUUACGCUUGGCCGUAAAUUUAGUUUUAAGAUUUCGCUGAUUAGCUAAGAUUAGUUUAAAGAAAAAACAUUGUAAGGACUAUUAGCACUAUUACAUACAUACUGCAUAUGUGGAUGUGCGUUCAUAAGUGAAAGAAAGAAAAAACCACCGCAAAAGCAUAAACAAUUAAACAAUUUUUAUUUAAACACACGCUGAAGAAUGUCAAACGCUAGCAUAAUUUAUUAAAAACACUUUAUUAACUAAUGGUUUAGCAUGAGAGCUCAUGCGUGCAUUGCGUUUUUACUUGUUCAAUUAUGCAUUGAGUAGAAAUUUAUUGAUUUAUUUAAUGAAUGAAUAAUGUAAAAAAAACAAGCAUUUUAUUUAUUAGAAUCGAUUUGAGUUGCUCUUAAUUAUAUUAAUUAAUUCAAUUGUUUUGAAGCAUCAAUUAAACUGACAGAAUGCUUGGAGGUGAAGUUUUUAUUUAUAUAUAUGUAUAUUUGUAAAUAUAUAUACAUAAUUAUGUAUAACAGCAUAUGUAUUUAAUUUAAUCAUAUCAUUUAUAUACCAACCAUUAUUACUUUCAUAUAGAAUGGCAAUCAAAGACAGUGAAUACUGUUAUGCUAACAGCCAAUAGCCGUCAGGCAUAACUAACAAUAACAAAAACAAAACUAUUUAAAUAAGACAUGUAAUUUAUAUAAACGAAAAAAUCAAAAUGCAAUCAUAUUGUUUGCGUAAGAACGUAAUUAAUUAAUUAAGUGUUCUUCUAGAUGGUACACUAAUUUAUAUAUACAUAUAUAUAGUAUAUAUAUAUUUAAAGAAAAAAAGCGAGUAUAUCUUCACUUAUCUGGUCACACUCAAACCAAUUACCUACAAACAAACAAACAAACUAUAAUAGACAAACUAAAAUCAUAUAUUGUAUUUGUUAUAUUUAUACUAAGCACACACACACACACACACACACAUAAUCACUAAACAAAUUAAACUUUAGUUAAGUAAGUAAAUUAAUUUUCAACAUUAUUAUGCAAUUUUGAAAAAUCUGCAAAUGAAAGGCAAACGGUUAGUACUUGAUGCUAGUAAGUUGCUAACAUUGCUGCCUGUCAAGUAAGCAAGCUUAAUUAAAUACAUUAAUUAAUACGUAGAAGGCGGUGUAAUCACUGUUAGACGCUGAGAUCUAGCUGUGGUCAUUUUGAAAUUGUCAUUUUGACUAAGUUAGCACUAUUUAAGGGAGUAUUCUAGUCUAAAAGCAUGAUUGAGGUAAUUUUUGAAUCAGUUUUUUUUUACCAAUUUUUAAUUCCUUAUUUAUUAACAUUACAAGAAUAUAAAAAAAAAAUAAGAACUGGAAAAUUAAAAAUGUAAAAAAGUAAUAGCUGCUGAAGUGGGGAUCUAAGAAACUUGGCAUGUGACCAUAUCUACCAUUUUAAAACCGUCCUAGCAAUCGGGAACCAAAAGAAAAUUGUUAAUCUGGAAUAAUGUUUUUGUUGUUGAAGCGACUGAAUUCUGCCGCGUCCUUGAAUCAGUCCUUGGCACGAUUAAAAAUCCGUUGCGGUUACAUAGACCCGACUGUCGUGGGCAAGAUCUAUUCAAUUCUAAAAUAAUGCCGCAAUGUCUGGUUCUAUGGAAAAGUGGAAAGAUCUUUUUUGAGCGAGAUGGUGGCUGCCUGUAAAAGAAAAAGAAAAAAAACAAUUUUCGUAACAUUUUUUUGAACUUUUUACAUUUAGUAGAAAAUGAAAAUCGCAAAUAAGGCUAGUUCCAGACGUAGACAAGUCUAUAAAGCAUUGUAGACUCUAAAAAUGUCGGGUUAAUCGGUGCUGAGAAAUCGUGGCUAUCGUUUUGAAAGAGGCAGUAUCGAGAAAAACGCGAUUAAAGUAGUUACGACCAAACGACCGAACCAGUUUGGUUGCUAGCAAAGUACUUAUAUCUCCGAAAAUAAAUAUCAAUUUUGAAGAAUCUUUUUGUGGACAUAUUCUUGUAUAAUUAAACUUUGAAAAUAUAAAAUAAAAUCGUUAUUUUUUUUAGACUAGAGUGCACCCUUAAGACUUCGAGUUUUUUUUUAUCAAACAAAAAAGCCAAAACUCUCAUUUAAGCGUUUAUUUGCAUAUAAAAUGCACUUUUGAUGCCAGUAAAUUGUUUGACAGUUAUUUGCAUAUUUUGCAAACACAUACAUACAUAUAUGUAUGCCGCUAUAUGUAUAUGCCGCGUAAUUAUUGAGUCAAGACUAUAAAUAUGCUGAUUCGCUUGCGCUGCAGUGAAAAAUACUCGCGUGUGCCCGUCAACUCAUAGCAAAUGCCAGCGAUUUAUGCCUUGUAACUAAACAAAUACCAAUGGCGCAUUGUAAAUUAGACAAAUUGCGAGCAUAAUACAUUUGUUUUUGUUCCUCUACAUUUAAUUAUUUAAGUGUUUAUGGCAUGCGCACGUUUGCAUAAUCCAAUAAAAAGAUAAUUAGUUAAUUGAAAAAUGUAUUAGCAGCAAAUCAAAGCAAUCUUUUUCUUUUUUUGUUCUUCAACGUUAGUAAUAUAUAUUAUUGUAUAUGUAUGUAUUAAAUUUUGAUUAUUAAAUGCGAAAUGACCAAAACCAUAUAAACACAUAAACUUAUGUAUGUACUUUGAAUUAUCACUAUAUUAUUUAGGCAUACUAAGAGCAAUGAACUAUUUUCGCGUAAAUUCAACGUUUAAGCAUUUUGAGUAUUCGUUAAUUAACAAAAAAAAAAUAUAAAAUAUAAUAAUUGCAAUAUGUGUGUAUAUAUGUAAAUGUAUGCAUAUAGAAUGUAAAACUAAACAACAAAAAAACUAUCACAAUCAUAUACAAAAACACACACAUAUACACUCUUACACAUACAUACUAACAACCUAUACAUAUGAGAACGACACAUACUAUAUAUAUAAAUACAUAUACAUACAUACAUAUACUAAAAAUACAUAUGAAUAUUUAAAAAAUUUAGUUGUAAACACAAAAGUUUAACCGAAAGAAAACUACAAAUUAUGAAAAGCAAAUUCCUUAGAGCAAAUAAAAUACAUACAUAUAAACAAAUUUAGUAACGAAGCAGAAAACAAAAUUACUCGAAUUAUUAAAAAAUCUAAUGACUAGUUUGUAUACGCAAUGAUUUGAGUGGCAACAACUGAUUAAGAACACUAAAACAAAAACAAGAACAUGAAACAAAUACAAAAAACAAAGAAGACUUGUAAAAUUGUAAAGGAUUUGUGUAAGGCGUAAGUUGAAAGGAGCAAACGAAAGCAUAAGUCAAUCAUAAUUUGUAAAACUCCAAACAAAAACAAAAAAGAAGAGUCAAAAACAAAAUACGAAAGUCUGCCUGCAUUUAUACGAAGCCCAUGCGUGGCGGAGCAUAACUGCAAAUAAUUGAAUGCAUAUUAAAAGUUUGUUAAAAGUAAUGUACAAUGCAAUAAAAAAAAGAAUUGCAAGCGUAUAAAACAAAAACAAAAGAAUUGCAAGCAUAUAAAAACGCUAGCUCCCAAUUGCAGCUGUUAGCGCUGAAAGUAUGCUGAAUUUCCACAGGCAAUUAGAUGCACGUACUUAGCAGCUUGUGUUUAGGUGUAUGUACAAGCUUAAAUAAACAUUUAAAAAUACAGUUGUUUGAGGAAAUGGAAACUGCAUUACGUUUAGAAAUACUUUUUGAAGCGAGCGAGCAGAAAAUGCAUUAAAAAAUUAAAAAAAAUGUAUUAUAUAAUAAUUUUAUGCGCAUUAUUUAUUGUAUGCAAGCAUAAAAAAAUUAUAAAAAAUGCAAACUCAACAAUUAAAAAAAUUAAAAUUGUAACAACAACAAAUUACAAAAAGAAAAAAAUUAUAAUUUUUGUUGCAACAACAAAUUUCGAAAGAAAAAAUAAUAUUAUUUAUUACAACAAAAAAUUAUAAAAAAUAUUACUAUUUGUUACAACAACAAAUUACAAAAGAAAAAAUAAUAUUAUUUAUUACAACAAAAAAUAAUAAAAGAAAAAUAAUAUUAUUUAUUGCAACAACAAAUUUCGAAAGAAAGAAUAAUAUUAUUUAUUACAACAACAAAUUAUAAAAGAAAAAAAUUAAUAACAUUUGUUACAACAACAAAUUAUGAAAGAAAAAAGUAAUAACAUUUGUUACAACAACAAAUUACUGAGAACGCUGUCUGAAAAAAUCAAUCAGUAGUAGACUUAACACUCACGUGGAACGGCAUUUUAGACAUAACCACCUUACAAAGCCGAAACAACUUUAGCAGCAAGCCAAAAAAUUAAGCAUAAAAAAUAAAUUAAAUAAUAAAUAUAAGGUGAUAUUAAUUGACAAAAAGCUAUUUUGUAAUAUGUAAAGUUAAAGCUACGCAAAAAAAAAAUAUAAAAAACAAAAGCAAAUAGGAGUAAAUCAAUUAAUGGCAAAUGCUGCACCCAUUACUAUGUUUUUAUACUCUUCUUUAAUAAAUCAGCAAUCAUUGACUAAAAAUCAGAUUUCUGCCAGCAAAUCAAUUGCUGUGGUUGAAAUCCUUUACGACUUUCACACGCUUGGUUUCAACACUUACACAUUGGCGAGGGAAACUCCGUAUUUCCCAAGUGUUUUUUGUACAUUAUUUAACACAACAACAACAGCUGGUUGCCACCACUAGUUGUUUUCGGUGGCGUAAACCGAAAAAAUUGUGAAAAAAACUUGAAUUACUGUAUGCAUAAUCAAAUUAACGAUUAUUAAGGAAUGAAAUAACUGCCUUAAAAUGUAAAAAAUAAAAUAUUAUAGAAAUACAAAUGAACAAACAAAAAAUAAUUCAAAAAAAAACCUAGCUAUAACGAAGUAUAACGAAGAAGUUAGCAGAAGCAAGUUGAAAAAUAUUAUUUUUUUUCGUAUUUUGUAAAUUUGUAUUUAAGCAUAAAGUUAAAAGUGUAAAAGAAAAAUUUGAUUUUGGCACUCUUGGUAGCAAUGUUCAAUUCAAUUUGCGUAGCAUUACAAUUUUUUGUUUGUUUGAAGUGUAAUUAUUUGCGUUUUCGUUUUUCUUUUCACUCAAAAAUCGAGCUUUAUUUAUUUUUAUGCAUUUUGUAAAGUUAAUUGUUUACUUUUACAACAACAACAAUACUAUAGUAGUAGUAAUUUAAUAUAAUAGAAAUAUUGUAAUUGAAAAGGGAAUACAACAAAUAGUUUUGCUUUUCUUUUUUGCCGUAAAGACUGCGUUAUACCAACCAAGAAUGAAUGAAACAAAUAAUUAUAUUUAAUAAAUAAGAAUUAAAAAAACACGUAAAUAUACAAAUGAAAACAAAAAAUAAAAAUAAAAAAAUGCAAAACAAUACUAUUUACUAUAACUGUAAAGUAAAUGUGUAUUAUGUGAAUUCACAAAGAACUCACGUAAAUGUAAUUUAAUGAAAAUAAGCGAGGAAAAGUGAACAAAAACAAAAAACAAAACAAAAGUGAAAGUCAAAGUGAGGAAACUAGUUGAUAAGCCAAAUUACAAAACAAAUUAAUGAAGUUCUAGCAAUAAAGGAAAAGCCUUAACAUUUGAGUAUAUAUUUAAAUAAAUAAAAAACAAAAGUUAAAAAUAAAUGAAUACAAAAACAUUACAAAACAAAAAAUGCUUGAAAAUGAAAGUUUACAUACACACGUUCGACAAUUUUUGGGUAUCAAAGCAAGCAAGAGCAAAGGGAAAUCAAAUAAAAGAGGGAAAUUGAAUAAAAGUGGGAAAUCAAAUAAAAGUGGGAAAUUUAAUAAAAGUGGAAAAUUGAACAAAAGUGGGAAAUUAAAUAAAAGUGGGAAAUCAAAUAAGAGUGAAGAAUUGAAUAAAAGCGGGAAAUUAAUAAAAGUGGAGGCAAAGCACUUGAGUCAGCAAUCAAUUCGCUAAUAAGAAAGGAAUUCAAUUCAAUUUAUUACAUAUUUUUUGAGCUUGCAAAGACGAUUUAAAAAAUUAAUUGGUCCUUUCGUUUUAUUUCAGUGUGUGGUAUCGACGCAUGCGCUUGAAAAAUGAAAAAUGUAUUAAAAAAUUAAUUGGUCCUUUCGUUUUACUGGUGUGCGUACAACAGUAUACAU